AUACGAAAUCAAAUCAUGGCUUCCACCAGACCGCUAGGCCAGCCUUUGAACAUUCCAAAAUGGGUGGCGGAAAACUCGCACAUGCUGAAACCUCCCAUCAAUAACUACUGUGUCUACAACGAAGACGUAACCGUCAUGAUCGUCGGCGGCCCCAAUGAACGAACAGACUACCACAUCAACGAAACCGCGGAAUGGUUCUACCAACACAAAGGCUCCAUGCUGUUGAAAGUAGUUGAUGCUUCGCUUCCCGCUGGCCAGCAGUUCAAAGAUAUACAUAUUCAUGAGGGCGACAUGUUCCUACUGCCACCAAACACGCCGCAUAAUCCGGUGAGGUUCAAGGAUACUGUUGGUAUUGUGUUGGAGCAGAAGCGACCAGAGGGUAGUUUGGAUCGCUUGAGGUGGUAUUGCCAAAACUGUGCGGAGCAGGUACAUGAGUCGUCAUUUCAUUGUACGGAUCUAGGGACACAAAUUAAGGAUGCUGUCAAUGGGUUCAAGGAGGAUAAGGAGAAGAGGACAUGUAAGAAUUGCGGUACGCUAUGUGAUACGGCGCCUCAGCCAAAAGCUUAAAGAGGAGAAUGGACGAUUUAAGGUGGAGGUUGUACAAUAUGAGGAUAGGUUUGAACGAAGCGGAGGUUGUACAAUAUGAGGAUAGGUUUGGACGAAGCGGAGGUUAUACAAUAUGAACAUAGGUUUGAAA